AUGAUUAGCAGAACGACCCAAAUUAAAAUAGGAGAAUUCGGUGAGGGCAGCCAAACCCCGGUAUUAGAGGAACACUCGAAGAAGGUGGAAGAAUACGCUGCGGAUUCCCCGGACCGAACGAAACUUCAAAUGGCUGCGAUAGUCCAGUGUCUGAAGGAUUCCUUCAAAGAAACACUGGACGCCCAAACUGAAGCAAUUUCAAAACUUGUUGUUGCAACUGAAACACUUCAGCUGCAACACAAAAAGUUCGGCGAAGAGCACCAGCAGCAGAAUCAGCAGCAGAAGCAACAGCAGCAGCAGCGUUCGACCAUGGGACAAGGCAAAAUACCUCAGAAGAAGACCACGAAGAGAAUAGAACAGGAGCCUUCGCAGCAACCCCAGCAACGGCAGCAGCCACAACAGCAGCUGCAACAACAGCCGCAACAGCAACAACAGCAACAACCACAACCGGGGCAAGAAUGGGAAGUGGUGAAGAAGAAAGGAAGGCGGAGGAAAGAUACUGGCGGCGAAAUCAGGUUGUGA